UGGGCCCCCAACCUCCCCCGGGCCAUGGCCGGCAACGUGAAGAAGACCUCUGGGGCCGCGGGCGGCGGCGGCUCCGGGGGCUCGGGCUCGGGCGGCCUGAUCGGGCUCAUGAAGGACGCCUUCCAGCCGCACCACCACCACCACCACCUCAGCCCCCACCCGCCGGGGACCGUGGACAAGAAGAUGGUGGAGAAGUGCUGGAAGCUCAUGGACAAGGUGGUGCGGUUGUGUCAGAACCCAAAGCUGGCGCUAAAGAAUAGCCCACCUUAUAUCUUAGACCUGCUGCCAGAUACCUACCAGCAUCUCCGUACUAUCUUGUCAAGAUAUGAGGGGAAGAUGGAGACACUUGGAGAAAAUGAGUAUUUUAGGGUGUUCAUGGAAAAUUUGAUGAAGAAAACUAAGCAGACCAUAAGCCUCUUCAAGGAAGGGAAAGAAAGAAUGUAUGAGGAAAAUUCUCAGCCUAGGCGAAACUUAACCAAACUGUCCCUGAUCUUCAGCCACAUGCUGGCAGAACUAAAAGGAAUCUUUCCAAGUGGACUCUUUCAAGGAGACACAUUUCGGAUUACUAAAGCAGAUGCUGCUGAAUUUUGGAGGAAAGCUUUUGGAGAAAAGACAAUAGUCCCUUGGAAGAGCUUCAGACAGGCCCUUCAUGAAGUACAUCCCAUCAGUUCUGGGCUGGAGGCCAUGGCUCUGAAAUCCACUAUAGAUCUAACCUGCAAUGAUUAUAUUUCAGUUUUUGAAUUUGACAUCUUUACACGACUCUUUCAGCCCUGGUCCUCUUUGCUCAGGAACUGGAAUAGUCUUGCUGUGACUCAUCCUGGUUACAUGGCUUUCCUGACGUAUGAUGAAGUAAAAGCUCGGCUUCAGAAAUUCAUUCACAAACCUGGGAGUUACAUUUUCCGCCUGAGCUGUACACGUCUAGGUCAGUGGGCCAUUGGGUAUGUCACUGCUGAUGGGAACAUUCUCCAGACAAUCCCUCAUAAUAAACCUCUCUUCCAAGCACUGAUUGAUGGCUUCAGAGAAGGCUUCUAUUUGUUUCCUGAUGGACGGAAUCAGAAUCCUGACCUGACAGGUUUAUGUGAACCAACCCCCCAAGACCACAUCAAAGUGACCCAGGAACAAUAUGAAUUAUACUGUGAGAUGGGCUCCACAUUCCAACUAUGUAAAAUAUGUGCUGAAAAUGAUAAAGACGUAAAGAUUGAGCCCUGUGGACACCUCAUGUGCACAUCCUGUCUUACGUCCUGGCAGGAAUCAGAAGGCCAGGGCUGUCCAUUCUGCCGAUGUGAAAUUAAAGGUACUGAGCCCAUUGUGGUUGAUCCAUUUGAUCCUAGGGGAAAUGGCAGCCUGUUGAGGCAAGGAGCAGAGGGAGCUCCCUCCCCAAAUUAUGAUGAUGAUGAUGAUGAACGAGCUGAUGAUUCUCUCUUCAUGAUGAAGGAAUUAGCUGGUGCCAAGGUGGAACGGCCUCCAUCUCCAUUCUCCAUGGCCCCACAAGCUUCCCUUCCCCCAGUGCCACCACGACUUGACCUUUUGCAGCAGCGAGUGUCUAUUCCUUCAAGUGCUUCUGGCCUUGGAACUGCUUCUAAGGCUACUUCUGGGUCUCUUCAUAAGGACAAACCUUUACCAAUACCUCCCACACUUCGAGAUCUUCCACCACCACCCCCUCCAGACCGGCCAUAUUCUGGUGGAACAGAAACCCGGCCUCAGAGACGCCCCUUGCCCUGUACACCUGGUGACUGUCCAUCUAGAGACAAACUGCCCCCUGUCCCCUCUAGCCGCCUUGGGGAAUCAUGGCUGUCUCGGCCAAUCCCCAAAGUACCAGUAGUUGCCCCAAACCCUAGUGACCCUUGGACAGGAAGAGAAUUAACCAACCGGCAUUCACUUCCAUUUUCAUUGCCCUCACAAAUCGAGCCCAGAACAGAUGUGUCUAGGCUCGGAAGCACAUUCAGUCUGGAUGCCUCUAUGAAUGUGAAUAGCAGCCCAUUAGCAGGUCCAGAGUGUGAGCACCCCAAAAUCAAACCUUCUGCAUCUGCCAAUGCCAUUUAUUCUCUGGCUGCCAGACCUCUUCCUGUGCCAAAGCUGCCACCCGGGGAGCAGUGUGAAAGUGAGGAAGACACAGAGUAUAUGACUCCCUCCUCUAGGCCUGUAGGGAUUCAGAAGCCUUUGGAGGCAACCCAGGGUUCACGAGCAUGUGAUUAUGACCAGCAGAUUGAUAGCUGUACAUAUGAAGCAAUGUAUAAUAUUCAGUCUCAGGCUGCCCCAUCAGUCACAGAGACUGGCACCUUUGGUGAAGGGAAUUUGCCUACAACUCAUGCCAACACUGGCCUUGAGGAAUCAGAAAAUGAGGAUGAUGGGUAUGAUGUCCCCAAGCCACCUGUGCCAGCAGUGCUGGCCCGCCGAACUCUCUCAGAUAUCUCCAAUGCCAGCUCCUCCUUUGGCUGGCUGUCCCUGGACCGGGAUUCUACAAACUUCACAGAGGGUUCUCAAGUUCCUGAGAGACCUCCCAAACCGUUCCCUCGGAGAAUCAACUCUGAACGAAAAGCAGGUAGCUGUCAGCAAGGUGGUUCUGCUGCCUCCGCUGCUGUUACCACCUCCGCCUCACCACAGCUUUCCAGUGAGAUUGAGAAGCUCAUGAGUCAGGGAUACUCCUACCAGGACAUUCAGAAAGCGUUGGUCAUUGCCCACAACAACAUUGAAAUGGCCAAAAAUAUCCUCCGAGAGUUUGUUUCUAUUUCUUCUCCUGCCCACAUAGCCACCUAGCAUAUUACCUCCCUGUUGCACUCUAGAGGACCAGUGAGCCGAGAGCCCCUACUCAAGUAGCACCUAGGAGGGCAGAGGUUCCUUGGAGACGUGACAAUGAAGUCUUACCCUCUCUGGGUAUCGCACCUGUGGCUCCAGGAUUUCAAAGCAGUGGAAGGAAAAUGGAGCAGCUAGUAUGAUUUAUUAUCUUACUUGUUUGAGAGUGUGUUUGCAGGUCUCCCCACUUGCAAGAGUGUGGACUUUUAUUUAAUGGUAACAUGCCUGGAGAAUGGUCCAGGAAACAGCGGUAAAAGUAUUGUGCUGUAGAUCCUAGUUAGGAUUUAAGACUUUCCUGGGUUGUGAAAGGAGUUUGUGUGUGUGUGUGUGUGUGUG